AUGCGACUGAGAAGAGACAUGAAGGCCCUUCUGGGAGAUUACAUUGGUCAGAAACUGAGAGAGAAUGGCUUUGACCCCAAGGGGAAGGGAUCCACUACCAUGCUGGAUGACCUGGCUCAUUAUGACUUGGCCAUAAGUGUUGCGCUUUGGUGGCUGGAGAAAGAGGAGGGGCAUGACGUGAUAGACAGAGACGUCGUUGGAGUGGGUAGCCCAGGGUAUAAUGUGCAGUACCCCAACCUUCUUGAAAGAGAGGCAAUGAUCCUCUCUUCCUUCGCUGGGAUGAUCCUGAAUAGCUUGCCUGUAGAAGACAUUCUAGCCCUCUACAGCACCAAACCAUCUGCCGCUUACCUCCACCAGCAUUCCAAG